AUGGAGAAAGAAAUGGGAGAGUGGCCAUCAAAUGAACUUUACUCAUUCUCUGAAAUGGACAAAGAAGACACGCACACAGAAUUUGACUUAGAAAUAUAUCAAGCAAUUACCAAAAGAAUAGGAAGAUUAAGAGGAAGGAUCUUGGCCAUUGUAUCCAUUCUAUUCAUCGUGCUAUCCACCAUUGCCCUGUCUCUCAACACCCUACCUGAACUUCAAGAAAUGGACGAAUACGGUCAGCCCAAUGACAACCCACAGUUAGCACACGUUGAGGCUGUCUGCAUAGCUUGGUUUACAAUGGAGUACCUUUUACGCUUCCUGUCCUCACCAAAUAAGUGGAAGUUCUUUAAAGGUCCACUAAACGUCAUUGAUUUGCUGGCCAUUUUACCAUAUUAUGUCACCAUUUUCCUCACGGAGUCCAACAAGAGUGUGCUCCAGUUCCAGAACGUCAGGCGGGUGGUGCAGAUCUUCCGAAUCAUGAGGAUACUCCGGAUCCUGAAACUUGCCAGACAUUCAACAGGCCUCCAGUCUUUGGGAUUCACUCUGAGACGGAGUUACAACGAAUUGGGCUUGUUGAUACUCUUUUUAGCCAUGGGGAUAAUGAUAUUUUCUAGUCUUGUGUUUUUUGCUGAGAAGGAUGAAGAUGCUACCAAGUUUACCAGUAUCCCUGCCUCCUUUUGGUGGGCCACCAUCACCAUGACCACUGUAGGGUAUGGUGACAUCUACCCUAAAACUUUAUUGGGAAAAAUAGUGGGAGGCCUCUGUUGUAUAGCUGGGGUGCUGGUGAUUGCACUUCCUAUCCCAAUCAUCGUGAACAAUUUCUCUGAGUUUUACAAGGAGCAAAAACGUCAGGAGAAGGCAAUUAAAAGGAGGGAGGCCCUGGAGCGGGCUAAAAGAAACGGAAGUAUUGUUUCAAUGAACUUAAAAGACGCCUUUGCUCGGAGUAUGGAACUUAUUGAUGUGGCUGUGGAGAAAGCAGGAGAUUCUGCCAACACUAAGGACUCGACAGACGAUAACCACCUGUCUCCAAGCCGAUGGAAGUGGGCCAGGAAAGCAUUGUCUGAAACCAGCUCCAACAAAUCCUAUGAGAAUAAGUAUCAGGAAGUGAGUCAGAAAGACUCCCAUGAACAGCUCAACAAUACUUCUUCAAGCCCACAGCACCUGAGUGCUCACAAGCUGGAGAUGCUGUACAAUGAAAUCACCAAGACUACACAGCCCCACUCACACUUGAAUGCCUCUGACUACCAAGAGCAGGCUGAAAAACCGCCAGUGUACAAAGAGGAGAUUGAGAUGGAGGAGGUGGCCUGCCCUCAGGAGCAGCUGGCUGUGGCCCAGACAGAGGUCAUCAUGGACAUGAGGAGCACCUCUAGUAUCGACAGCUUCACCAGCUGUGCCACAGACUUCACAGAAACUGAAAGAUCUCCCCUCCCACCCUAUGCCAGCACCCACUUACAAAUGAGAUUCCCCCCUGACCCCACAGGGGCAGAAGAGCACCAAAGAGCCAAGGGACUCCCAUUUUUAACACUUACCAGGGAGAAAAGUUCUGCCCCUAGAGAUGCUACGUUCGAAUAUACUCCAAUUGACACCAUUGGGAGCCCGGACUCAGUAGUACCCCAGUCUGGGCUGCAUGGUCCCCUGCAGUUUGACAGUGCAACAGAGAGUCCAAAAAGUUCUCUAAAAGGUAGCAAUCCCCUAAAGUCCAGAUCCCUGAAAGUGAACUUCAAGGAGAGUAGAGGCAGUGCCCCCCAGACCCCACCUAGCACCGCCAGGCCCUUGCCAGUCACCACCAUGGCAGACUUUACUCUACCCACACCCCAACAUAUCAGCACCAUUCUCUUAGAGGAGAAUUCUCCCCAGGGGGAGAGACCCUUGCUGGGCACUGAGAUCUCAGGGCUCUGUCAAGGACCUGCAAAAGGUUCGUCCCCUCUGUUUCCCAAACAAAAACUAUUUCCUUUCUCUUCAAGAGAGAGGAGGAGCUUCACUGAAAUAGACACUGGGGAAGAUGAAGACUUCUUAGAGCUCCAUGGAGCCUCAGAGGACAGGCAGCCAGACCCCGGCACAAAUUGCUGUGGGAAUAAGCAUAGUGAUGGAAGAGACCCUUUGAGAGAAGAGACCAGUGCUCUCUCUUCCUCCCCACAAAACACAAGUCACAAUUGUAUGCAAGACAUUUACCAAGCUGUGGGCGAAGUAAAAAAGGACAAUAAUCAAGAAGGGUACAAGAUGGAAAAUCAUUUGUUUGCCCCAGAGAUUCAUUCAAAUCCUGGGGAGACGGGUUACUGUCCCACGCGUGAAACCAGCAUGUGA